AUGAGAAUCGACGAAGUGAAUGAUAAUAUCUUGAAAACCUUGAAUUUAGGAUGUUUCCCCAAAGAUAUUCUUCAGUUUCAAGAUAGUCAAGAUUUCUUUCAACAAUUAGUUUUCAUUGAUUAUCAAUUACAAUUACUCAUUCAGAAUGAAUUUGAUGGUAGUGAAUUAGUACCAGCCCGAGUUUAUGGAAGUAACGAAACCACCAUUGAAAAAAUCACUCAAUUGAUUAAUUAUGCAGAGAAUAUCAACAGUAACUAUAAUGACGUUAACAAGCAGUAUUAUGAAAAAUUAUACUGUAACGUAUUGUUAGGACAUUUGUAUUAUUUGAAUUCCCAAAACGAUAUUGUGUUUGAAAUCUUAAAUUCCAUCACUGUGGAUAAUAACUUUGUUUCACUGAAAUUGAGUUAUAAUUGUAACCGAUUCUUGAACUACCUUGUUUGUAGAUAUAAUGUUUUGAUAGGAUUAGAUUUUGGAGCUUAUGGAUAUGGAAAUGGUGAAGGUAAAGAAGGAUAUAAAUUAUGGAUUGAUUAUUUAUAUGAUAAACAGAAACCUUUCAAUAAGAGUGAAAUUGCUGGAAAUUAUUGGUUAGAAAUCAUGUUCAAGUACUUAAGUUUAACUAUUAGUAAUCAUGGUGAAAGACAAAUCAAUUUCCAGGAUGUUUUACUGUUGAAAUUCAAACAAAAUGAAAAUUCUUUCAUCAGAUAUUGUAAUUACUUAAUCAAUAUGAAACUUGAUAUUAAUGUUAAUAAGAUAAUAACCAAACAAUUCAAAAUCGAAUAUAGUAAAUACUUGAACGAUAUAAUUGUUCAUGAACUCCAUGAUACAAAUAAUUAUUUCCCCAAUGCUAAUGAAGAAGAUUCACAAAUUGAUGAUUUUAUCAAUAAUUUAUAUUCUACCAUGAAAGGUAAAAAGAUGAUCAAUCCUAAAAGCAGUAAGAACUAUUUUAUUAAGUUAUUUAAAAAGACAUAUCAAAGUAAGACGGUGUUGGCCAAUUAUAUCAAAGUAUUGGUAGAAUUGAAUGAAUUUGAUGAAGCAUUUUCUGCUUUCAAGACUUAUAUAAGUUAUAUUGAGAAAGAUGAAGAGAUCAAUAAGGGAGAAAUUUUUGAUAUUAUAAGUAUCAUUGAAAUCUAUUCUAUUUGUCUAAUGUCAUUCAAUCCUAUAAAUUCCAUUAAAUUGAGUAAAUUCAAAUAUUUAAAGAUGAAUAAGAUUUUACCUCAAUUGAUAACCUUCACUGAUAAGUUCAAAAGGUAUUUAAAUAUCCUAAAAGAUGAUUGUAAUUUGAAUUAUGAUGAUGAUUUCCCUAUGGAGAUUGAAAAAACUUCAGAUAAAUUAUCUUUCUUAUACAAGAAAUAUAAUAUAAAUAUUCUUUUGAAUGAUAGAAGUGACUUGAUUGAACUUAUAUCCAAAAGUUGGUACUCAUUAGGAUUAUUUGAAUAUUUUAAAUUAAUCUAUGAAACACCAAAUAAUCAAAUUGGCUCGAAAAAUGAAAAGAACUUAUUGUUAUAUUAUAAAAACAGUUUAAUUGUUAAUUCUACAGGUAACUUAUUAUACUUAUUUAACUAUGCUUUAGUAUUAGCAUAUUUGAAUGAUAUAAAAUCCAGUACAAAAUUGUGUAAAUUCAUAUUGAAGAAAUAUCCUGAAAGUUUUGAAACUUGGAAUUUGUUAUCAUUGAACACCAGUAUUGAUAAUGUUAAAGAUAGUGAAAAAUUCAUAAAUAAUGGAUUGAAUAUCGCGGGGAUUUAUAUUGUUAAGUGUAAGAAUGAUGAAUUUGAGAUCCCUAUAGAUAUCAAAUAUCAAAUCUUACAAUUGAAAUUAACUCAAUUAUCCAUUUUGGAAUUGAUUUAUGAUACUCCUUAUAUAAUGGAGUUCUUGAGUGAUGUCUUUAUACUUUUCUAUGAAUUAUUCAAUGUCAAAUUUGAUGAACAAAUUAACAAUGGAGGUACUUAUUUGAUUGACUCAAAAUGGAGUCAUAGACCAAGUUUUAUUGAUCCUAAGAAUCUUAAAGAUUCUCCUACUACAAAGAAACAAUUAGCCAAAGAUAAUAUCAAAAAAAUCAGUAAAAUCCAUAAAAAUGAUAAUGAAUUGAAAUCUAUCAAUCAUCAUGAAUCCCUCACUGAUGAAGGGAAAAAGAUCUUACAACAAAUUUGGUUAUGGACAUCAAAGAUUUAUUUCAAAAUGGAAUUAUAUGAAGAAAGUGAAUUAUGUAUCAUUGAAGCUGAAAAUAUUCAUAAACCAAAUAUCCGAACAUUCAUUCAAUUAGGUUAUUUAACUUCUAAACAAAGUAAAUUCUUAUCAUUACAAGAAUUUGAAAAAUCAUUAGAGAAAUUAGAUGAGACCAGUCAAUUUAAUAAAGUCGAUUAUUUAGAAAAUUUGUUAGGAAUUUCCAAACUUUUCUUAGUUGAUGAUUCUUUAAGUAAUUCAUUAUUCAUCUCACUUAAGGAUUAUAAUAGUGGAAUUAUCAGAUUAAAGAAUUUAUUAGAAAAUUUCACCAAUGUUUGGCCAAUAGGAAAGAAUUCUAUCGAAAUUUGGUACUAUUUGAGUAUUAUUUAUGAAAAAUUCGAUGAUAAAAUCUUAUUCACUAAAUCAUUGGAAAAAUGCAUCGAAUUGGAAAAUUUGAGACCUGUGAGAAAUUUCUCCAUCUGCGAUCACAAUUUGAUCUUUUUAGAAUAG